CGGAAGAGUAGCGGCGUCGAGUCAGGCUGGCAGUGGAGGAAACUGCGGUAGCGACACUUACACCUCACCAUGAAGACGCGCUUUAGCACCAUUGACCUCCGCGCCGUAUUGGCGGAGCUGAAUGCUAGCCUGCUAGGAAUGAGAGUAAACAAUGUUUAUGAUGUGGAUAAUAAGACAUACCUUAUUCGUCUUCAAAAACCAGACUUUAAAGCAACACUUUUACUUGAAUCUGGCAUACGGAUUCACACAACAGAAUUUGAGUGGCCAAAGAAUAUGAUGCCAUCUAGUUUUGCCAUGAAGUGCCGAAAACAUUUGAAAAGUCGGAGGUUAGUCAGUGCAAAACAGCUUGGUGUGGAUAGAAUUGUAGAUUUUCAGUUUGGAAGUGAUGAAGCUGCUUAUCAUUUAAUCAUUGAACUUUAUGAUAGGGGGAACAUUGUUCUUACAGAUUAUGAGUACCUAAUUUUAAAUAUUCUAAGGUUUCGAACUGAUGAGGCAGAUGAUGUUAAAUUUGCUGUUCGUGAACGCUAUCCAGUUGAUCAUGCUAGAGCUGCUGAACCUUUGCUUACUUUGGAAAGAUUGACUGAAGUAAUAGCCAGUGCACCUAAAGGAGAACUACUGAAGAGAAUUCUUAACCCAUUACUUCCCUAUGGGCCAGCUCUCAUUGAGCACUGUCUUAUAGAAAAUGGAUUCUCUGGCAAUGUCAAAGUAGAUGAAAAACUUGAAAGUAAAGAUGUUGAAAAAGUACUCAUUUGUCUGCAAAAGGCAGAAGAAUAUAUGAAAACAACAUCCAAUUUCAAUGGAAAGGGAUAUAUCAUUCAGAAAAGAGAAAUAAAACCAAGCCUGGAAGUAGAUAAACCAGUUGAAGACAUACUCACGUAUGAGGAAUUUCAUCCUUUCUUGUUUUCUCAACAUUCACAAUGUCCAUAUAUAGAAUUUGAAUCAUUUGACAAGGCCGUGGAUGAAUUUUAUUCGAAGAUAGAAGGUCAAAAAAUUGAUUUAAAAGCUUUACAACAGGAAAAGCAAGCACUGAAGAAAUUAGAUAAUGUCCGAAAGGAUCACGAAAACAGAUUAGAAGCUCUUCAACAGGCUCAGGAAAUAGACAAACUGAAAGGAGAACUCAUAGAAAUGAACCUACAGAUAGUUGACAGAGCCAUUCAGGUAGUUCGAAGUGCUUUAGCCAACCAGAUAGAUUGGACAGAAAUCGGGGUAAUUGUGAAAGAAGCCCAAGCUCAAGGAGACCCUGUUGCAAGUGCAAUCAAAGAAUUAAAACUACAAACAAAUCAUGUUACAAUGCUGCUAAGAAAUCCAUACUUAUUAUCAGAGGAGGAAGAUGACGAUGUUGAUGGUGAUGUCAGUGUUGAGAAAAAUGAAACUGAACCACCCAAAGGAAAAAAGAAAAAGCAAAAGAACAAACAGCUACAGAAGCCUCAGAAAAAUAAGCCAUUGCUUGUUGAUGUUGAUCUCAGCUUGUCAGCAUACGCCAAUGCCAAAAAGUACUAUGAUCACAAGAGAUAUGCUGCCAAGAAAACACAAAAGACUGUUGAAGCUGCUGAGAAGGCAUUCAAAUCAGCAGAAAAGAAAACAAAGCAAACAUUAAAGGAAGUUCAAACAGUCACCUCUAUUCAGAAAGCAAGAAAAGUAUAUUGGUUUGAGAAAUUUUUGUGGUUCAUUAGCUCAGAAAACUAUCUAAUUAUAGGUGGACGAGAUCAGCAACAGAAUGAAAUAAUUGUGAAAAGAUACUUAACACCAGGGGACAUCUAUGUCCAUGCUGAUCUUCAUGGAGCUACUAGCUGUGUAAUUAAGAAUCCAACAGGAGAACCCAUCCCUCCACGGACACUGACUGAAGCUGGCACAAUGGCACUUUGCUACAGUGCUGCUUGGGAUGCACGAGUUAUCACUAGUGCUUGGUGGGUGUACCAUCAUCAGGUGUCUAAAACAGCACCAACUGGGGAAUAUUUGACAACUGGAAGCUUUAUGAUAAGAGGAAAAAAGAAUUUCCUUCCUCCCUCAUAUCUAAUGAUGGGGUUUAGCUUCCUCUUUAAGGUAGAUGAGUCUUGUGUUUGGAGACAUCGGGGUGAACGAAAAGUAAGAGUGCAAGAUGAAGACAUGGAGACACUGGCAAGUUGCACAAGUGAACUCAUCUCAGAAGAAAUGGAACAACUAGAUGAAGGUGACACUAGCAGUGAAGAAGAUAAAGAGGAAUUACAUGAACCUCCUGUAGAAGUAGAACUUGUAACUCAGGUUGAUCAAGAGGAUAUUACUGUUCAGAGUGGUGCUGGUGAACUAAAUGAGGAACUAAUUCAAGAAGAAAGCUCUGAAGAUGAAGGAGAAUCUGAAGUGGUUAAAAAAGAUCAGGAACCUAUUGGUGAAAUGAAGGAUGAAGGGGAAGAGACAUUAGAGUAUCCUGAUACUACCAUCGACUUGUCCCACCUUCAGUCACAAAGGUCCCUUCAGAAAUUGGCUUCAAAAGAAGAAUCUUCUAAUUCAAAUGACGGUAAAUUACAGAGCCGGAGACAUUUAUCAGCCAAGGAAAGAAGGGAAAUGAAGAAGAAAAAACUUCUAAGUGACUCAGGGGAUUUAGAAGCAAUGGAGGGAAAGGACAAAGAAAGUUCUGUACAUAUUGAAACUCAACAGAACACAAACAGAAAUGUUGCAGCUGCACAACCAAUGAAACGAGGACAAAAGAGUAAAAUGAAAAAAAUGAAGGAAAAAUACAAAGACCAGGAUGAAGAAGAUCGUGAACUUAUUAUGAAAUUACUGGGGUCUGCAGGUUCAAACAAAGAAGAAAAAGGGAAGAAGGGGAAGAAAGGAAAAACAAAGGAUGAACCUGUGAAGAAACAGCCCCAGAAACCUAGAGGUGGACCAAGAGUUUCAGAGAGCAUUAAGAAAGAUACUCCAUCCCUUGAGGUUUUAACUCAUGAGUUACAAGACUUAGCUGUAGAUGACCCACAUGAUGACAAGGAAGAGCAGGAUUUGGAUCAACAGGGAACUGAGGAAAAUCUCUUUGAUUCUUUGACAGGCCAGCCACAUCCUGAAGAUGUAAUACUAUUUGCCAUUCCAAUAUGUGCCCCUUACACCACCAUGACAAACUAUAAAUACAAAGUGAAACUUACUCCGGGAGUUCAGAAAAAGGGAAAAGCUGCAAAAACAGCCUUGAAUAGUUUUAUGCAUUCCAAAGAAGCAACAGCAAGAGAAAAAGACUUAUUCCGCAGUGUGAAGGACACAGAUUUAUCAAGAAACAUUCCUGGCAAAGUGAAAGUGUCUGCACCCAAUCUUCUGAAUGUAAAAAGGAAAUAGCUGAAAUGAAAUCCUAAAAUAUUUGAGAAGAGUCAAUUUUAUAGCCUUUUGGAAGUUCAGAGACGAAAACACCAUGUAACAGGACUUCCACAUUUAAAAAUGAACUAAACAUUGCCUUGCUAUAUUCGCCAAACGGACUUAAUUCUUGUUUUUUUUUGUUUUUUUUUUUUCCAGUUUUAUAUAGAGGAAACGCUGUCUGAUAGGAUUUCCUAAAAUAUUUGUGAAAAGUUAAAUGCUAAUUAUAUACAUCUGUAGUUAUUCUCCUACAUUAAUCUUGAAAUUUGGGAGGUUAAUGUUAAGUAUUCAUUUCAUGAUGUAAAGAAAUUGAACAGUGACGUGGCUCAGUUGCUUAAACUACUGACUUGGUAGUCUACUGUAUAUAACAUCUAACAUAUAUAUUUAUAUAUAUAUACACGUAUAUAUAUAUAUACAUAUGUAUUUGUGUGUAUAUAUCUAGAAACAGCCCAAUCAUAAGGGUUUUUUGUUGUGGGAAUGGGGGUGGUUUAAUAUUUAGGAUUGUGUCUUGAAAACCUUAUCAAAAAAUAUAGUAGAGCAGAGGUAAAAAAUAUUAAUUCUCAUGACUCAGAGCUUGAGAAAUAACACCUAAAAGGAACUGGUGUUGAUCAUUUCUAUGCAUUUAUACAUCUUUGUUUUUCAUCUUAAUUUCUUCCUUUUAAUCUCAUUCAGUUCUGUACCAUUUUCUUUUCCAUGUCUACUAGUUAUCAAUAGCAUGUUAUAGAGUAUCAACCUAUAAUAUCAGAAGUGCACUUUAGGCUUACCACUAAAGACUCCUGACCCAGCUUUCUUCUUCUGUCUCCUAUCAGAAUGGAGAAUAAAGUCAUACAUUAUUUCCAUUCAUUUAUGAGCUAUAAAACGUACUUUUUAAUUGAUUGGACAACAUUUGCCUAUUGUCAACAUGACCACUUGCCCCAGCCCUUUUACCAAAGUGUUACGGUCAAAGUAUUGAAUAGCUUUUGGUCCCUCUAACAAUUCUUAGUCCCACUAAGAAUAGUUUUCCAUUUGAAAUUAAUGUUAAAAAAAUCACUUUAUUAUAUUUAUGAUGCUAGACUAUGUAAUUAUGGCCUAUUCUUGCUAUUUAAAGAAAAACUAAAAUUUCAGUGUUUUUUAAAAAGCUACCAUUUUGAUAAUGGUAAGAUUAUUUAGUAUGUUUAUAUAGAUGUAUAUGCUGAAGUUACCAAAAAGAAAUAGAAUAACUAUUCCUUGGGGUAAAAAGCCUAAGCAUUACUAUUUUUGCUUUAACAGAGGAAAGUUACUGGUGUUAAAUACAUUUAUUGUAAACUUUAGACACAAAAAUAGGUUCUCUAGGCCAUUCACAUGCACAUUAAAAUCAAAAAGCUGCAAACUACAACAAUGCAUAUAAUUAUACAAAUGAUGCCACUCUGUGAUGAUUACAGGAUUGUUGUCCAUGCAAGGAGAUCUGAGGCAUUAUCUAUGAAGCCUUAAGAUCCAGAAGUGUUGUUACUACCAAACCUCUGAUUAACACUGUGAAGUAAGUGUUUUGGAAGACAGUUCCACGAGUUGGCUAACAUUUCUUUAAAGCAAAUGACUGCUUCUAAGCUUAGCCUGAAAGUGGACAAGAGAAAAAUAAAUUCACUUUGCUGUUUAAAGAACAAUAACUUGAAUUUAAAAAAAACAAACAAACAAGUCUUUCUUUAAAGAUUUUCAUAGGGACUGUUUACAUCAAUGAUGAUUCAUUACUCUUAAACCAUAAGCCUGUUUUUUGUAAGAACACGAAAGUGUCAAGUGCCAAGGAAAAGGUUACUUACCGUACAAGAGAUUUUGGUUGAACUGAAAAUAUAAGUAUUUCAUUACUGUGUGCCUGAAAAAUAGAGAUGAACACAUUAAAAUGCAAGUGCAUCACAGAUAAGUUUCAAUAGUAAUACGAAGUAGUAUACUUACAGCUCUGUGAUGAACCAGCAGGUUGUUGGCACACCCACCAAAAACAAUCACUUCUCCUUCAUCGCUAGCACAAGCUGUAUGCCAUAGCCUGAAUUUAAAACAAAAACUCGAAUUUGAAGUCACCCAGAAGACCAAAUUGAUCAUUCUCACCCAGAGCAAAACUGGUGAAAUAAAGAUUAGAGAUCUUAAGAUAGUUAAGUCCAAACCUCACCAUGAGAAAUAAAACCUUAAGGAAAAGUAGCAGAAGCUAGAAAAAUCAAUGUUGAUUUUAUAUGGAUAUUGUUUGUCUCUAUUUCAUUUAUGGAGUGAAGAGAUUUGAACUGAAUGAUGUGUUUUGUACGUCUUUGUUGGCAAUAAGUUAGCCUUACCCAGAAUAUCUGAGGGGUACUGAAGUUCUGCCCAGUAAGCUGAAAGUCUUAAAGCUUGAUAGUUCUAUGGACAGUUCACUUGAACCAAAUGAAAAUCUUAGUGGCAUGACUGUACUUGGAUUAGAGGAUUGGGGGAAAAAUGCAGGUAAUAUAUCUAAAUGUGCUUUGAACUCCUUUGCUCAGUAUGUCAUUGUCCUUAACAAUUCAUUUUGAGAUUAACAAGAACUAUCAAUGUUCAAUAGACUUUUUUUGACAAUGAUAAUUUGAUUUAUCCUGUUGUACAGUGCUACUGUAAAUCUAAUCAGCAGUUGUUUCACCUUCCCAUACAGUAAGAUUUUAAAAUUCUCUCCUUCCAAGUUCCUUUUGUUUUGUUUUAAUGACAAACUUAGGUGCAGUUCAACUCAGGUAAAUAACGUGCUUAUAAAUUUUAAUUGUGUCAAUACAAAUCCAGCCCUAUUCAUAUACACAUGAUCAAAAAGCAUUUGAUAUUCAAAUUAAUAUGGCUUUCCUGGGCUGGGAAUAUAACUCAGUGAGAUAAAGUACUUGCCUAGCAUGUGCAUGGCUGGAAGUCCAAUUUCCUGAAUUACAAAAGAAAAAUAUUGGUCCUCUGAGACGUGUGAUGUUAAACCUUAGUAAAUACCAAGAUUUUUUAAUAAGAAUGAUGGGUAAAAUAUAGCCAGAACAUCCUCAAUUCUUACCAGUCUUGCAAAUUCGGAAUAAGAAUUACCUUUUAAAUAGUUCAUACCUUGGUUUUUCAGUAUAGGGAUGAUUAAACUGUAUCCAUUCAUUUUUACUGAUGCAGUAAGUCCAGGCAUCACCUGAUUGAAGCAAAUUUUUAAAAAGCUAUGAAAUGUAUUUAUCUUGUCAUUAAGACAUUGAUGUUUAAAGGGCACAACUUUUUCAAGAAAAGUAAUUUCCUUUUUUUCCCUCUCAGUAAUUAACCACCCUUCAAAGCUUUUAAAUGUUCCAGGUCAUUUCUUUACUGUAAGAAUGGAUUUAUGUCAUAAUAUGUACGAUGGAGCACAAUUUCAGUAUUUAUAGGAUCAAAAUUUACAAACCACCCAGCCAACCCUAUACACUUCUGGUACAUCCUAAAAUAGAAUGAUUUUCAGGUAUUUAUUUAUUAUAUGUGGGUGAUAUAUAAAUAUUUAUGUUUUUAAAAGACUCACUUAGUGGCUGUUUUUCAGUGGUAAAUCCUCCAAAGAGAAAAAGAUGAUCUGAAGAAACUGGUGUUAGCGAGUGCCAGGAUCGGCCAACAGGGCAUAUGCCUUGUGGAAUUCUGAAAAUAAGUUACAUCAUCAGUUCCAAAGCAGCUCUAUUCUGAAAAUAAUAAGUUACAACAUCAGUUUCAAAGCAGCUACUAUAUUUAAUACACAGAAAUAUUUAAGUUUUCUUAUUAAAAUUUUUAUGGGAUUGUUAGGAAAAGAGACUUAAGAAUUUUCUUAGUACUAACAACUACAUGCUUUAUACUUUUUGUUUGUUUUUUAAAAGAUAAGGCAUACAUUGAGCACAUACGUGCCAUGCCAGGCACAUAGUUAUUGAAACUGGAAAUAAAAUUACAUCCUUAAGGACCCUACUGAUCAUGUUUAUUAAAUUCACAAAGAUAAUUUAAGCAAGUUUAUUAUAUACUAAUAAUAGGGUAUAAGGAGAAAAGGGUUUUUUUUGAAUUAUCUAAAGUGAUACUUGCAAUUCAUUCCACUCCCAUGUAUCCAGAUUCAGAUAGUGAAGAUCAUUCAUUCUAGCAUCCUAAAAAAGAAUAAUUUUAAGUAGUUACCAUUUUGAAGAAUUCAAAAGCAGGUUAUUUAAACGGUUUAUAUACUUACUCGAUAUCUCCCUCCAAAAACAAAACCUUUGUUUCCAACAGUUGCACAGGCAUGGGCAGCACGAGGUGAAGGUGCUUUACCCUAUUAAAAAGUCAUAAAAGCAGUUUAAUAAAUAAGUAAACUAUUUAGAAGUGGAAAAAUCCAGAGUCUUCUCUUGAUAUAGAAUAAGAAUAUGCAAGAUACUUGAGCUUUUAAAAGCCAAACACAGACUUCUAGACAAUAGCAGUACUAAAACUGACUACUACAACCGGGAAUUUUUAUAUUUUUGAGAUGUGUUAUUGAAUGGACUGGUUAAUAAAACUAAUUAUUUUUUAAUCCUUUAAAAUAAAGACUGAUGGAUUAUUUAAUGUGUCAGAGGGAAAAGAAACUUAAUGUAAGUUCCCAUUCAGAAGUAGAUUAUGUAUUACCAGUAACAACUGCUAUAGGUAAUAAAUGUUGGAUAAGUCUCUUUAUACAUUUAUUAAACUACUGUAGUUCUAAAUUCCUUUGAGAAUAAUGAAAGCUACGGAUCUUCUCUCCUGAAAACAAGAAUGAACUGUCAGUUUCACAUCAUCUCCCAACUCUGGCAUGUUCCCCUCUCUAAUUAGCCUUGCUUUCAUGAUAUAGUAUUCCUUCUUAACUCACAGUAGUUAGAGGCUGGCUCCAGGUAAAUGUUUCAGUGUCUAAAAUAUGUACAUGAUCAUUCCAUCCUCUUGGAUGACUUGAAUUCUACAGAAAAGAAAGAACCUCUUUGAGUUACUUUACAAAUAAUGUUUAUAAAAUUACACAGCCCCUGUCCAAUAUAAAAUGUAUUAUGUCAACAUAACUAAGUAGGCCAUAUGCAAAUAUGAAAUGUUACUUACCCAAAAGGAUGUUUCAUCAAAUUCAAAAGUUCCCAAUACUUUAUCUUCAGGUAAAUACCCAUACCCUCCAAAAAAUAUUAGCCUGUUUGAUUAAAAAAAAAAAAAAAAAAAAAAAAAAAAAGAUACUAAAAAUUCAAACAUUCACAGGAUAGGACCCAAGGAAUUUUUCUCCUUAUUUUUUUAUUAUCUUGCAGUACUGUGGAUUGAACCCAGAGCCUCGUGCAUGCUAGGCAAGUGCUUCAUCACUGAGCUGUAUACCCAGCCCUUUUUAUCUUAUUUUAAAAAAUUCUGAGACAGGGUUUCACUAAGUUGCCCAGACCUGCCUUGAACUUUUAAUUCUCUUCCUCAGGCUCCUAAGUGAUUUUUCUUAAUUUGACAUAUAGUACAAAUUGAAAAGGUACACUUAAGUAUAUGAAUAUACUUACUCAAAUAGUAAUGGCUAACACUUAACUAUAUCUUAAGUACUGUGUUAUAUACUUUUAUGUGUUAAUAUAGUUAAUGUUAAUACUGGUCCUAUGAGUUAUGUUGUGUACUUACACUCUUUAUUGGCUAGGAUAUUUGAAUGGUAAACUACUUUCUGCAUAAAAAAUCCAAACCUACAGUACUAACUCACUUGUUUUUAUAUACCCAGACACCAAGUUUGUCCUUUGAUGAUGGAGGAAUUCCUUGGCAAUCAAUUCUUUCCCACUGUAACACUCUGUCUGUAGACCUUGAAUCCAGCAUGUAGAACUGUCAGAAGCAAGAAAUUCAGUUAGAUUUCAUUAUGUGGAAAAAAAUCAACUUUAGCAAUUAAUUUUACUGUUUAUAAUAAUAAAGGUGCCAUCUAAUUCAG